AUGGAGACUGCAUUUGAGAAUGCUUGGCAAAUCGCAGUCCAAGCCGAAGGAAACCUCUCCAAGAUACUCGCAGACAAAGAGCCAACCUUUGCAGAAAUCGCCCACUGCCUUGCGGAAUUCCGUGUGGCUUGCCGCAACGCUAUAUUCGUCGAUUUCAACGCCGCUGCCGCCCAAAAUGCCGAGAACAUUUUAUGGGAGGCUCAUGUCAAGAUAAAUACUCGUUUUCGCAAACUUUUGUCGCGAUUCCGGGACGAUGCAGGCAAGAAGAAACCAGUCGAAAAGCGGAAGCUUGAGAAACACUAUCUUGACUUUAUAAAGUUGAGUCAAAAAUUCUACAGAGGAUAUAUUCAACAUUUGUCGUCGCAUUACAUUGGUAUCCCAGAGUUGGAGCAGGUUGCGAAAAAGUUUAGCUUUGAAAACCUCACAGUGGACACCCCGAUCAUCCCUGAUGCAAAUUUGCGCAGCAGUGUACUCCAGUCCUGCCAUGCUACUUUGAUUCGCUUGGGAGAUCUGUCCCGUUAUCGAGAGACAGAGCUUGUUUCUGGUAAAGAGAGGAAUUGGGGUCCUGCAAUUGGCUACUAUGACCUUGCCGGUAUCAUUUACCCGGAAUCUGGAGCAUCCCACAAUCAGCUGGCGGUCAUCGCGUUGGCCGAUGGUAAUCAUCUCAGAGCUACAUACCAUCUUUACCGAGCAUUGUCGGCGCAAGAGCCGCGUCCGGGAUCUAAGAAGAAUCUAGAGAUCGAGAACAAGAAGAUUCUUGCUGCUUGGGCCAGAGGAGAAUUAAUUCCACGCGAAGAUGCUGGGGUUCCUGGGAAGGCACUGACUCAUUGGUUUGUGUAUCUCCAUGCACAGUGCUACAAGGGCUUGGAUUUCCAAGAACACGACGAGCUGGAAAACGAGGUGCUGAGUCAAUUGGCGGUUGAUCUAAAGGAAAAAUCGCUUGAGGGCACCCUCCAAAAAUUCGUUCUAAUAAAUAUUGCUGCAGAAGAGCUCGCUAAAGCUAGAGCAGCCAAAAAUGAGCCAACUCAUAACGCACAACUUUUCUUCCAGAGAAUCAAUGUCAAAACCUUUUUCACGCUCUUACAGAUCCUUCUGGGUGAGCUUGAGCGUUUUGCAACUGAAGACAGCGACUCCAAGGAGUCUCAGCAUGGGUCGGAAAAGGUCACUGUCGUUGCACGUCGUGUUUUACCCGCCCUUCGAAACUAUAGCUCGUGGCUUACCAUCAAUUGUGGCUCAUUGACAGCGCAAAAGCAAGAUAAAGAUACCGUCCUUUCAGUACAAGUCCAAGAGUUAUGGAAGAGUUAUGCCAAUACAUUGACAUUGCUGGCAUCUACGUUUGAUGUUCCGCGUCUUCUCGAAGUGGAGUAUCUUCUAGAGGAGGACGAAGAGACGCUUGGCUUUUCGCCUCUCAUUACCGAGGCUACUAAAGAGCGGUAUAAGACAGAUAAAGGCACAACAAAACCGAGAAUGCUUGAUCCUGGCAUUGAGAGGAAUCAUCCUAAUAUCGAAAUGCUAUUUCGAAUUCGACAAUUCGUCAUCGAGGGAUUAGAUCUAGUCGUUAAUAAUCGAAUUCCCAUAGCUUUCGUUGAUGAAAACGAACGUAAAAUAUUCAUUUAUCAAGAGGAAGGACUUCCGUCCCAGUUUUAUGCAAGUCCACGAGGUCAUCAGCCUGCUAUUCCGUCGACAAACGUGCAAAGAGAUGAAAUACGCAACGUGCAGCGGGCAAGGAACACGAUUGAAGGACGGAGUGCCUUCGGUGGUUCUCAAUCAGCUUCAAUUUCGGCUUCUACAAACUUCAAUCGCAUCGUUGAGGGGGUCGAAAAGCUAGUAGAGUCAGAUACCUACGAAGCGCCGCCAGCAAUGCCACAGUUGCCAGAGUUUCUGCGGCCGACUCAGCCUUCGAAUAAUUUUCCUUAUCCGACGCCAAUGGUGCCUCCUGGUUUUGGUUUACAAGGUUCACGGUCUCCAACAUUUACACCCUACUUCUCGAGCUCAAGUAUUUGGGGACCGAACCCUCCAUCUUUAACGCAUGAUUUAUCAUCACAACGGCUCSAUAGCACACAAGGUCUCGGUCCUGACUCGCAGCUAUUAAGAGGACAAAGCCCUUACACGCUAGAAACGCCGAGCCCUAGCCUUGUUGCCGUGCAAAAUGAUCUAUUACUGCAAGAAAAGGAGAUUCAAGCGCGAUCGUCAUCGCAAUUCGGGUCGAGCUGGACACCACAAUCUAUGUCCACACCACAACCGCUCUGGGGUAAACCUCAGUUUGAAAAUUUGCCGCCGUACCGUACUUCUUUGCUUCAACAUUCAAUGCAGCCACCUCCAGGCUAUGAGUUCCCGUCUUCGCACAACCAUGCGUUUAUUGCUUCAACUUUGUCUCCGCAACAUACCUCUGAUAGCCGGCAAAGUACUCAAGAUUCUUCUGGUCGUUUUGGCACUAUUGGACAGCAAACACCUCCCUAUGGACAGGCAGGUUGA